AUGUUACUCAUGAACGAUGAUAUUUCCCUUUCCCCCUUAGUCGUAUAUUUUACCAAUUUCAACGAUCGUAUAUUCUACCAUUAUCUCUGUUCCUGGUUUAUAUUCGAUUUAUUGGCCUGCUUACCCCUGAUAGCAACUACUGUGCCUGACUUCAACACGGUAUUUGGUUGCUCGAGCGGAGGAUUUCUCAAUGCGAAGUUGGCCUCGUAG